CAAAUCUAAGGCUAAUAAUAAACCUACUGAGUAAUGGGUAAGGCCUGGGACUGUAGUUCCUUGUGAGGGAGCAGAAGUAGAGAGAGGUGAGAGCACAACCUUUUGCGGAAGAAGAGACCCAGCAUCAAGCCUUACCUAUGGUGAAGCACCAUGAAACGCUGCCUGAAGGAAGAGUAUUGGGACCUGCUAGUACACAGCUGUGUCCCCUGCGAACGUCUAUGCCACAGACCCAACCACAAGAACUGUGACAUGUUCUGCAAGUCUCUGAGGUGCAGCAAGAAACAAGGCAGCUACUAUGACCACCUUGUGAAAGAAUGCAUCAGCUGCUACUCCAUCUGUGGACAGCACCCGAAGCAAUGUGCGCACAUCUGCCAGACCGAGGCAAGCCCCCUGCUGCAACUGGACCAGAAGCUGAGUGGGGCCCCAGGACAGCUGGCUUUGGUCUACACCGUCCUGGGGCUGUGUGUGUUCGCUAUCUUUUGCUGCUUUUUUAUCACGAUGGCCUGCUUCCUCAGGAGGAAGGGAGACCAGCCUCGGCCAGGGCGGGAUCAGACCACCGCAGAGGAUCAUUUAAUGGAAGCAGGAAGCGUUGGAGAUGCAUCUAAGGAGGUCAAGACACCAGAACCUGUGGAAACAUCUAGCUUUAGUUUCCCAGAGCAGACUCCCCCCACUGAGGAGAGCACAGUCCCUACGGAGGUCUCACAUCCCGAGGUCCCACCUCAGCAGGAAAAUGUAGCGGCUAUGCAGGGAUGCGUUGGUCUGGGGGGGACUGCGUCCUCAGGGCCUACCCCGGGCUGCAAGGAAGGCUGCUUCAAGAUCAUCUGUUCACCCUCCCAGGAGAAAGUGUCCUCCCCAUGAAACGGACAAAGGAGGCAGGACAAGAAGAAACUGGAGUGGCCCAUGUCUGUUCUCUCCCCAAACAAACAGAUCUUCGUGAAACAUUUCUUUCCUUCUGCCGUGGAAAUAAAAUCUCAUUUCUGUGGCGCUCCCCUCCCCGUUUGGGCUAUGCCCUUUUCGAUUUGGUUGUUCUCAUAGAGAUCAUUCCCUGUCUCUCCUACCCUCCUAAUAUGGCAGAAAUUGAACAAA